AUGACAAUGGCCCCUCCCGUCCACAUCAAGCAGCAAGAAUCCCGCGCCAAACCAUGCCAACUCGACAUCAUCAUUGUCGGCGCAGGCCUAGCAGGCCUCGGCACAGCCAUUAGCUGCGCACUCGCAGGCCACCAGGUCCACGUACUCGAGGCCGCGCACGAAAUCAAAGAAGUCGGCGCCGGGAUACAAGUCCUGCCGAACAGCUCGCGGGUUCUCCAGCAUUGGGGUCUGGAGGAAUCAUUGACUCCUCAUAUGACAAUUCCCCGUGUUUGCAAUUUUGUUGGUUGGAAAGGCAAUGCGAUUUCAUCGCUAGAUUUUCAUGAAUCGGAAAAAGGAUAUCCGGGAACUUGGUACCGCGACUUUCAUCGUGCUGAUCUUCAGCAAUGUCUCGUUCAGAGAGCCACGGAGUUGGGCGUCGAGCUUACCUGUGAUGCCCGCGUCGUUGAUGUAUCUGUCGCUGAAGAUGGCGCGACGGCAACAGCGAAAACGUCAGAUGGUAGACAGUGGACGGGUGAUUUAGUUGUUGGUGCAGAUGGAGUGUUUGGGAAGUUGACAGAAGGGUUGCUUGGUCGAGUUGAUCCGCCAGUGAAAACGGGUGAUCUUGCCUACCGAGUUAUGUUGUCGACUAAGGAGAUGCGAAAAGAUCCUGAGUUGGCGGAGUUUGUGACAGAUCCGCAAGUCAAUUACUGGCUAGGUCCAGAUGCCCAUGCCGGUAUGUACCAAGCUGAAUAUCCUCGACACACUCUAACGAUUGGAUUAGUGAACUACGUUCUUCGGAAUGGAGAAUUAUUCAAUAUGGUGCUCCUUGUCCCUGACGAUAUUCCAGAGGACUCCUUGGCAUCUACCGUCGAGGGAAAUGUUGAAGAGAUGUGUGCUUUAUUCAAAGAUUGGGAUCCUCGGUGGGUGAUCCCGAAACUGCUUCGGCUCUGCCAGUCUGUGCAAAAAUGGCGUCUCUGUAUUCGAUUCGGAGACUUCGAUUGGACUCAUCCAUCAGGGGCUUUUGUCAUGCUGGGUGAUGCAGUCCAUGCCACUUUACCAUAUCUCGCGUCUGGAGCUGGAAUGUCCUUUGAGGACGGAGCUGUUCUAGGAGAAUGUCUUUCCCGACUCCCGAAUCAACCUGGUGUUUCUAAGACCUCUAUCGACUUCUUGAACGCCAAGCAAUACGCCCUUUCGGUGUUCCAGGAAUGUCGCAAACAAAGAACUAAGAUGGUUGUUGACCGAGGAAAUAUUCAGCAAUACCUUUACCAUCUCCAUGAUGGAGCCGAGCAACAAGAAAGAGAUCGCAAGAUGCAAAUGGUCCCAACUCCAGAAGGAGAAGCAUUGGCUUGGCGAGACCCUGGAUUGGCACCCAAGCUACUAGGAUAUGACCACAUUGCCGACGUGAGUAACGAGUAA